CCGGAUGUUUUGCCCGUGUGACCGGCACUUCCGCUGUCUGGGCUCCCGGUAGAAGCGGCUGUGUAUCGGGGAGCGGACCGGCCAUGGGGCUGGAGUGGAGCCGUCAGGAGGAGCGGCAGCCGCUGCUGGCCGGGUCCCGGAUCCCGCGGGUGUUCGGGCGGCGCUGGCUGGUGCUGCUGCUCUUCUCCCUCCUCGGCUUCAUGCAGGGUCUAUUGUGGAACAGCUGGGGGCCCAUCCAGAACUCCGCCCGGGCCGCCUACGGCUUCAGCAGCCUGGACAUCGCCCUCCUGGUCCUGUGGGGCCCCAUCGGCUUUCUGCCCUGCUUCCUCUUCAUGUGGCUGAUGGACAAGAAGGGUCUCCGUGUGACCGUCCUCCUCACGCUGCUGGUGAUGAUGGUCGGCGCCGGCCUGCGCUGCGUCCCCGUGACGAAUCUGGAGCUGAGGAGAAGGUUCAUACAUGGCGGUCAGCUGCUGAACGGAUUUGCAGGACCCACGGCUAUGAACGCGGCUCCUUUUCUCUCCACGACGUGGUUCCCUCCAGACGAGCGCGCCACAGCCACGGCCAUCGCAUCCAUGUUAAACUACUUGGGUGGCGCUUGUGCAUUUUUAAUAGGACCUUUAAUAGUCCCGUCUCCUAACAACACAUCCGGCAGCCUCCUUACAGAAGGACACGUAGCGUCCAUCAGGGAUCGUAUCGAGGCGGUGAUGUACGCAGAGUUCGGGAUCAUCGCGGUGCUCUUUGCCGCUGUCAUGGCUUACUUCCCUGCCCGGCCCCCAGUCCCCCCCAGUGUGGCCGCUGCCAGUCGCAGACUCAGUUACAGGAGUAGCAUUGGAAAACUGCUCAGUAAUCCUCGCUUCCUCAUGCUCGCGUUGGCCUACGCCAUUCCUCUGGGAUUCUACGCCGGCUGGUCGGGGGUUUUGGAUGUCAUUUUAACGCCUAUGCAUGUGAAUCAGGUGGAUGCCGGCUGGAUCGGUUUCUGGUCAAUCGUAGGCGGGUGUUUUGUGGGAAUUGGCGUGGGAAGAUUUGCAGACUCUGUUCGGGGCAUCCUGAAGCCGAUUCUUGUCUUACUCUUUUCAGGAUCUACACUUGCGGCCACCUGGUUCACCUUGACGUUUUUAAGUAACAUCACCCACCUUCCCCUCACUACAGCGACCCUUUAUACCUCAUGUAUCUUGAUCGGUGUCUUUCUGAACGGCACGGUGCCAAUAUUUUUCGAGAUGUUCGUGGAGACGGUCUAUCCCAUCCCGGAGGGAAUCACUUGCGGCUUCGUCACCUUCUUGAGUAACAUCUUCACCGGACUCUUGUUGGUCUUUCUCACUUUCUAUCACACACAGUUGUCGUGGCUGAACUGGUGCCUGACGGGAUCCAGCUUUCUCAGCCUCCUGUUUAUUGUGUGCUUCAGGGAAUCCUACGACAGACUCUAUCUGGACGUCUUUAUAUCCGUGUAAUGGCCCCCGGGCGGCUGAACCGCGCUCUGUCCUCUAUUGCACAAUAAGACUUCGGAGGAAGACGAGUGACACGCGGCCGGCGCUCUGAUAUUAACCGCUAAGUAAAAGGCCCCGCGUGUGUAUUUUACUCCGCCAUCCUGAAAAGGCGAAGAGCAUCAAUUACCAGGGAAAGCUCGCGGCGCUCGCCAUUAUUAACAAAGGUGGAGUAUCUUAAUAUUUUAACGAUGGAUAGGGUAGAGGACCUAAAGUCUAAUUGCACAUUUUGUUAUACACCAAUGUUUCCCAAGCAGGAUGAUUCCAGCUGCUUGCUGAGAGUUGUAGUUUUGGAACAGCUGGAGGCACACUGGUUGGGAAACACUGCCUUACAUGAUGAUUAUCGUCUUCGGUACUGAUACUAUGUAUAACAGUGUAUCCAACCUGGGCAGUUCUAGUUGAUGCAAAACUACAACUGCCAGCAUGCCUGAACAGCUGUUGGCUGUCCGGGCAUGCUGGGAGUUGUAGUUUUGCAACAGCUGGAGACACACAUGUCGGGAAACACUGCCUAACACAAUGAUCAUCAUCACUGAUAAUAUGUAUAACAAUGUUUUCCGACCAGAAUGAUUUCAGUUCAUGCCAAACUACAAAUCCCAUCAUGCCCCGACAGCCUUUGGCUGUCCGGGCAUGCUGGGAGUUGUAGUUUUUCAUCAGCUGGAGGCACAGUGGUUGGGAAACACUGAUUUUACACGAUGUUCGUCUGUACUAGAUACUAUGUAUAACAGUGUCUUCCAACCAGGAUGAUUCCGAUUGAUGCAAAACUACAACUCCCAGCAUGCCCGGAAAGCCUUCAGCCGCAUACUAAAAGUUAUAGUUUUGCAACAGCUGGAGGCACCCUGCUUGGAAAACACUGCCUUACACUUUGUAUAACUGUGUUUCCCAUCCAGAAUGAUUCCAGUUGAUGCAAUACUACAACUCCCAGCAUGCCCGGACAGCCUUUGGCUGUCCGGGCAUGCUGGGAGUUGUAGUAUUGCAACAGCUGGAGGCACCCUGUUUGGGAAACACUGUGGUCAAUGUCUGGCAUAAAAUUUACUGAAUUGUUGAUAUUUUUCGUAUGUAUGUUUAUAUUCUACAUGUUACACGGCGACGCGUUUACACACCUCCCACAUGAUAUUUGGGUGGUACUGAUCUCCCGUAAAAGCCGCGUUCAUACGACGGAACUUUCCGAGCGGAACCCGGCAAAAAAAUAAAAUAAAAAAUAAUCAAAAAUUCUGCCCGGAAAUUGUGCUGCAGCAGAGUCCUAUUGUUUUCAAUGGGAUUCUGCUGCACCGCGCAGACGGCGGAAUUUCCGUCGCAUCCGCAUAAAUGAUUUUCCCUACAGAUGUGUCGCAAAAAAAUAAAAAUAAUCCACCAAAAUCCUACCAAACUUCUGUUGGCGCCAAUGUGAUGCUCCUUCAUCUUCUGCACAAGCCUCUACUCGUAAUGACCCCAAAAAAUGGCGUCCGCCCAGGUACCUGUAGAGGCAAUUGCGCCAUACGGUAACUACUCACCGGGAAACUGUUGAUUUUUUGCGGUAUGAUGCGGAGUGACACUUUAUGAUUUCGGUGUCGGUUCUUAUGUAGCUCCUAUAGGGAAGGUUCGGUUGUCACCGCGCGGUCGUCGCGUCGUUCCCUCGUACCUUCAGGAUUUCGCGGAGGAUUGACUCCGCGCGGCAUUAUUUUUGUUUUGUACUUUAUGCUGCUAAUAGUCUGGUGGGGGUGGUGGGGGGGGGGGUUGGGUACUGAGGGGUUCCUAAUAUUUCUGUCUCGUUGAUGAUCAUGUGACCUUGUUCUCUAAUCUGUAUAUAAGAGUCUAAUCCGUAAUAAAGUUGUUUACCGUCUAACGCUCUAAUAACCGGCUCGUGGCUAGAAAGUCAGGUGACCCCUUUUUAUAAUGACUUUGUUUGUUUGUUUUUAUUUUAAAUAAACAUUUUAAAAUCUGUUA